AUGCGAAAAAGAAUAUUCAGUUGGUUUAUUGCAAUUCUUUCUCUUCAGCAAGUACAUGGACACGGACGACUGGAAGAUCCGCCAGCUCGAAAUGCUGCGUGGCGUUACGGUUUCAAUGUUCCGGUUAAUUAUGAUGAUGUGGGAUUGAAUUGCGGUGGAUUAAGUAUUCAAAAAGCAAAUGAUGGUAGAUGUGGCAUCUGUGGUGAUUCAUAUUCAGGUCCACGAGAUCAUGAAAUAGGUGGAAAAUAUGCGACGAAUACUAUCGUUCGAAACUAUAUAUCAGGUUCUCAAGUCGAUGUGAAAAUUUUACUAACGGCAAAUCAUGUCGGAUUUAUGGAACUUCGUUUGUGCCCCUUAGACGAUCCCAAUAGGGAAGCGACCCAAGAAUGUCUCGAUGAGAAUUUGCUUUUUAUCGAAAGCUUCGGCACGCACUAUCCAGUUAACGAAGGAACUGAUACGAUUCUGUUAAAAGUUCAUCUACCUGCUGGUCUGUCAUGUUCUCACUGUGUAUUACAAUGGCGCUAUCAUGCUGGAAACAAUUGGGGUACAGACGGUACGACAGGACGAUCAUGUCUUGGUUGCGGUUAUCAAGAAGAGUUUUAUAAUUGUGCUGAUAUUAGUAUUGCUCCUGUAGAUGGUGAUUUCUUAGCAGGCUUAUCGACGAGUUCGCCAACAGAGCAAUCAAUCUUCGUUGCUCCAUUUGUGGAUCCGAUAUUAAUCCCACCCGAAAUCGAACAAGCAUCGAUUCUUUCAAAUGAAUUCUUCAUUACCGCCACCACACCCACCACCACAACAACAACAACAGCAGCAGCAGCGGUCGAACCAUCAAUGAACUUCCUCUUUCCGUAUCAACCAUCCGAAGAUUUAAUCACUCAAACAACUAAAAGCAACAAAACUCUCCGUUGUUUUCCAACUCAUGAAGUUCUCAAACCGUUAGUCGGAAUCGAACAUUGGUGUCUCCAACUAUGUGUUGUUCAUUGUCCACCAACAUUAUGUGCAUGCGUUGAACUUUAG